AUGAUGACCAUGACUACGAUGGCUGACGGCUUGGAAGGCCAGGACUCGUCCAAAUCCGCCUUCAUGGAGUUCGGGCAACAGCAGCAGCAGCAACAGCAACAGCAACAGCAGCAGCAGCCGCCGCCGCCGCCGCCGCCGCCGCCGCCGCCGCCGCCGCCGCCGCAGCCGCACUCGCAACAGAGCUCCCCGGCCAUGGCAGGCGCGCACUACCCUCUGCACUGCCUGCACUCGGCGGCGGCGGCGGCGGCGGCGGCCGGCUCGCACCACCACCACCACCAGCACCACCACCACGGCUCGCCCUACGCAUCGGGCGGCGGCAACUCCUACAACCACCGCUCGCUCGCCGCCUACCCCUACAUGAGCCACUCGCAGCACAGCCCUUACCUCCAGUCCUACCACAACAGCAGCGCGGCCGCCCAGACGCGAGGGGACGACACAGAUCAACAAAAAACCACAGUGAUUGAAAACGGGGAAAUCAGGUUCAAUGGAAAAGGGAAAAAGAUUCGGAAACCUCGGACCAUUUAUUCCAGCCUGCAGCUCCAGGCUUUAAACCAUCGCUUUCAGCAGACUCAGUACCUGGCCCUUCCUGAGAGAGCUGAACUGGCAGCUUCCUUAGGACUGACACAAACCCAGGUGAAGAUAUGGUUUCAGAACAAACGCUCUAAGUUUAAGAAACUGCUGAAGCAGGGCAGUAACCCGCAUGAGAGCGACCCUCUCCCGGGCUCAGCGGCCCUGUCGCCGCGCUCACCGGCGCUGCCUCCGGUGUGGGACGUUUCCGCCUCGGCCAAGGGCGUCAGUAUGCCCCCCAACAGCUACAUGCCCGGCUAUUCGCAUUGGUACUCCUCUCCACACCAGGACACGAUGCAGAGACCACAGAUGAUGUGAGUUAUCCGAGGGAAAUCGAUACCCUAGGGAAACGUCUGAACAAGGCAAGGAGGAUCCGGGACCUGCUUGCAUCUGCCAAACCGAGCCGAAGGAGCAGGCUUGGGAGGACUCUUAUGUGUGGCCAGACCGUCUGGGUGCUUGCUCCCUCCCUCUCUCCUCCUCUCCCUUCCCCUCAGUCUCUCUCUCUCUCUCUCUCACUCUUCCUUUUUUUGCCUCCCU